CGCAAUGCGAUCAGCUGGUAGCGUUCAUAAUUUAUUGUACAUAGUCGGUAGUCUUGUACAAAUUACAAAAUGUACUGUUCCCUAUGAUUAGAAUUAUUCAUUAGAAGUUUAAAACGCCGCUGUCUGUUCAUGCUGGGUAUUAAUAACGUAGUACAUAAGAAGUGGCUGGUUUUUUUCUGUUUCUUUUGUUCCGUAUACGAAAUGGCGGAGUUCAACGUAGAACCCUUCUUGCUUCUUAUUAGUGUAUAACGUAUUGGCCAAUGUAAUCCAUGCAUCAAUCUAUCUGGACAAAUAUAGUAUAUUAAUAAUAACAGCUCUGCUCAGUGGGUGCUUUCGGGGUUGUAGUCUGCAUAUUAUGAAAUAAAAUGAAGAGCAUCUGCGUACUUCGAAGUGUACAUCGACGGAAUAUCAGCUGCAAGAUUCGGGAUUCCGGAAGAAUACGUACGGAAUGCGGAGGUCGGAGACAAUUUUCCAGCGGGAACGUUCUCAGUCAAACUGUUGCUUCAGUGGCUCUAGAGAGCACUGUUAUCACUCACGGCAUGCCGUUUCCAGAAAACCUGCGAACCGCGAAAUCCUUAGAGAAUAUCGUGCGCCAAGAAGGUGCACAACCAGCGACAAUUGCGAUCUUGGAUGGAAGCAUAAAAAUUGGAUUGGAUGCCAUUGAUCUAGAGCGGUUGGCGCAAGUAAAAGAUGCUAAGAAAGUUUCCAGGAGAGAUCUGUCAUUCAUUGUGGCGAAUAAAUUGCACGGAGGCACAACGGUUUCUGCUACAAUGUUAUUGGCACACCAAGCCGGCAUUCCCAUAUUCGCAACAGGUGGCAUUGGAGGAGUUCAUCGUGGCGGCCAGAACAGCAUGGACGUUAGCGCAGAUUUAACGGAAUUAGGACGUACACCAGUGGCCGUCGUUUGUGCUGGUGUUAAGUCGAUAUUGGACGUUGGACGAACAUUGGAAUAUUUGGAAACCCAGGGCGUUUGCGUGGCGACAAUUGGUCCAAGUAGCGAUUUUCCCUCUUUCUUUUCACGAAAAAGUGGAUACUUUUCUCCUUGCCACGUGAGGACUGAAAUGGAAGCCGCGGAAUUAAUCCGUUCUCACCAGAAACUUAGUUUGCAUAGCGGCAUCCUUUUGGCAGUUCCAGUCCCAGAAGAAAAUGAAAUACCUUUGGAGAAAGUGGAAGAAUGGAUUUAUCUAGCGUUGCUUGAGUGUUCGUCCCAAAAAGUCAUAGGAAAGGAUAUUACCCCAUUUCUUCUCAAGUACCUUCUAAAAAUAUCCGAAGGAAAAACGCUCAGUACAAAUAUUGCGCUCCUUGAAAAUAACGCUCGGGUAGCCGCUAGAAUUGCUGUUUGCUUGAAACGCUUAAAGGAAAAGAAAUCUGAUUCGUUUGCUGGUUACUCUGUCCAUGGGUCGAUCAAAGAAACACCAAAGGCUGGUCAGUUUCUGCCAGCUAAAGAUAAUUCGCGCAUUAUAUUCUCGGAGAAGUCAGUUCCUACGAAAGCAAAAGGGCGGCCGGUGGUAAUCGGAGGCUCGGUUCUGGAUAUUAUUGCUAAAGGCUCAUCCGAACUGAAGAUGAAUGGGAGCACGCAUGGUGGUGACAUCAACUUCUCAAGUGGAGGUGUUGGCAGGAACGUUGCGGAUUGUUUAGGUCGCCUGGGAGUAAGCGCGGUUUUCCUCAGCGCUGUUGGAGAUGAUUACAAUGGACAGUUUAUAAAGCAGUCGUGUUCGCAUAUGGAUUUGUCCCAUCUGAUGGAAUGUCCGGGAAACCCCACUUCCUGUUAUAUUGGUAUUUUGGCACCAUCUGGCCAGCUGCUUGGCGGACUCAUGAAUAUGUCCAUACAUCAGAUGAUUUCUCCUGAUUAUAUCCAUCAGCACGAAGAAUGCGUACAAGAGUCGCCAAUGUUAAUACUGGAUGGAAACUUGUCACUUGAAGCCCUCGACUGUGCUUUGGAGAUGGCUGCCAAAUAUAGAGUGCCAGUGUUUUACGAGCCAACGGAUAUCAACAAAGCUACAAAGGCAUUUUUAACUUCUCACUGGAAAGAAAUUGCUUUUCUAUCUCCAAAUAUCAAGGAACUGCAAAAGAUAAUGGCACAUUUCGAUAUAGACCGGGGCCUCCAUCCCACUGCAGCCGGGCCGCAUUCUUUGUCGAUCGCGGAAGAAUCUUUUCAAAGGCUAUUCGACCAGCUUCCCCAACUUCGAGUGCUCCUUGUUAAAUUUGGCAAACAAGGGUCGUGGGUAGUUUCGCGAAGUCCUCCGGAUCAACCGGUUAAUUGCGAUUCGCCAAAUGUUACGCGUGCUUUACAUUUUCGCCACUACACCGCACCUCCCGUGACGAGUUCCCAACUUGUCAGUGUUUCCGGCGGCGGAGAUUGCAUGGUUUCCGGGCUUAUAUCCGGAAUUUUGAGUGGAUACAACUUGGACCAAGCAGUUAUCAUCGGCACAGCGGCUGCUGCUUUGUCUCUGAAGUCCGACGUCAGUGUUCCCAGAUCGAUCAGCUCGGACAUUCUCUUCAGUGCGCACAGCACACCCGAUUAUUCCCAUUAAAUUGUUAUCUUUUAUUUUACUAGUAUUGUUCAAAUUCCUGAGGACAGUAGAUUUUAUGAAAUUCUCAUGCUCAGUAUUUGUUAGUGCUCACUGCUCAUCAAUUUUUAAUUGACAUUCUUAUGUCUGAUUUGUUAUCUCUCCAUGUUUUUGAGUGGUUUGCUAGCAGCGAAUAAUGUUUUCCGCUGAUUAACCCCGUUCUGCUCCAUUUUUAUAGCGAACUGCAACACAUUAGAUAACAGAAAUAUGAUC